UUUGUCGCCUCCGAGAAAAAAGCGGCCCCUCCCCGAGAAUCUAGGUCCAGAGGAGAAGGGCAUUUAUCUGAGCGCUCGACGACUCCUGGCAUCCAUCGGCAGAUGGAAUCCUCUCUACUUCUGCAGCGGUAUCGAAGCGAUCGCCGCAAGCUCCUUGAGUUCCUCGUCUCAACGAAUCACCUACGGGCUCCGGCGCUAGCCUCCCUCGACUUGGAUACGAUUAGCGCCGACUAUGUUCUUGAAUGCAUACAAUCCGGUGGAGACUUUGAUCCUUCCGAAGCUUCUAGGAGGUACCGGGAAGGGUUGGAUUACCCGAUCAUGAUAAACUUGUCAUCAGGAAGAUUUUAUUUUCUUCUCUCAAGACCAGAAUUAUCUGGAUCUCCUCCUGUGCGAAUUGCACCUCAGGUUGAGAUGAAAACUUCUACUAGCCAUCCUUCAUCUUCAGCAGGGAAACUUGACAAUUUAAUUGGUAAAGGAACUGGGAAGUGUCAAAUUGAGAAUGCUGCUGAUACAUCUGCGUUAAAUUUACCUUCCCAACCAGCAAAAGAUGCAAAAGCCCUCUCUUUAGGUUUACCCUCAAUCACUGCAGGGUUGUCUGAUGAUGAUAUACAACAAACAGCGUACGAGGUGCUUCUUGCUUCAUUUGUACUUUCUCGGAGAGAAGCAGACCUUUUCCAGGAUGAGAAGAAUGGGAAAAAUUUUAGAGCUUCAAGUGAACAGGCUACUAACGAUGAGCUCGGUUCAGUAACAGAAGAUUGCAAUUAUUCCAUGUUGGAAGUAGUUCGUGUCCAAUUGGAGAUCUCUGAAGCAAUCAGUGCACUGACUAAGAAAGGGUUGAGGAACUUCACUUUGAAGAUGAUGCACAAACAAGCUGAUGUCCCUCGGAUAACUUUGCAGCUCUUAAGUGUCGUAUGCAGUUCUGAUUUUCCUAAUGAAAGGUCAUAUGUGCGAUGGCAGAAGAGACAGGCAAAUAUCCUAGAAGAACUUCUCCUGCGUUCUAUUAGCUCCAUAUCUGUUACACCUGCAAAACUGAGCAACCUUAUCUCAAACCUUAGAAACACUGAGGAGUGGAUUUCUACAGACAGGCUUGCUGAGACUUUAAAAGCUCUCAGAAAUUAUGCUUCUGAAUUGUCAAGCAUGCCUGGAAAGUUUGGGAUUCCACAUGAAACCUUAUAUUGGACAGAAAGUUAUCAUUUUAACAUCAAAUUGUAUGAGAGGUUACUCUCUAGUGUUUUUGAUGUUCUUGAAGAUGGUCAGCUUUUACAGGAAGCCGAAGAAAUUCUAGCAUUUCUCAGGUUGACGUGGCCCAUAUUAGGCAUUACUGAAAAGAUCCAUGAUGCGUUAUUUGCUUGGGUGCUUUUCGUACAGUUUGUUCAGACGGGUGAGUUAAAACUUCUGAAACUCACAGUUGUCGAGUUACACAAAGCACUAUCAUGUGAAGAUGGUGACAUGAUGGGACAGUAUACAAGCAGUCUCAGUUGUUCAGUUGUAGCAUCUGGUGGUAGAAGGGUUUUGAACUUGGUCGAUUCUGUUAUCUUUAAUAUCAAUAUGUGGUGUUGUAAUCAACUAGAGGACUAUCAUCUGCAUUUUAAUCAGGAUAAUUGUUCUACUUUUCAAGAUUUGCUGGCAUUGGCAUGUCUUACCGGAUCAAGUUUUCCUUAUGAAUGUGCAGAAAUCAAGCACGUCAGGCCUAUGGCUGAAAACCUUGCUGCAUCAAAGUUGGCCCAUAUGUUUGUUGAGAAGUCAAUUGGAGCUGCAUACAGACGGGUCCUCAACUUUUUGGAUGCAGAAAAUUUGGAAAAGGAUCAUUCUCUUGUCAUGCUAGCAAACAAGUUUAAGGAAGUUGCUGAGAAAGAGUACACUCUAUUUAGUCCUGUUUUAUGCCAGCAAUAUCCUGAAGCUGGGAUAGUUGCUGCUGUUCUUCUGCACCAGUUAUAUGGGAAACACCUGAAGCCAUUCCUGGAAGUGGUCUCACAUCUUUCAGAAAGCACCAUCAAAGUGCUUGCAGCAUCAAAUAGUUUGGAGUCUUAUCUGACGUAUAUACUGCAUUCUGCAUAUGGAGAAAAAAAGAGAUCUCCAACAGCCAACUAUAUACAUCCUUAUCAGAUUAGAUCUUUCUGUUCUCCACUUAUUGUUCACUGGGUGCAAACUCAACAAAAUAACAUCUUGGAAUGGACACAACGUGCCAUUAACAUAGAGGAUUGGGAGCCUUUAUCAAAUCAACAAAGACAAGCUGCAUCAAUAAUUGAAGUUUUUCGAAUAAUUGAGGAGAUUGUUGAUCAGUUUUUUAACUUGAACCUUCCAAUGGAUAUUAUCCAUUUACGAUCCUUGCUCAUCGGAAUAAGGCAGAGUCUUGAAGCUUAUCUGCUGCACAUAAUCAAUCAGCAAGUUGAUAAGAGUCUGGUAUACCCUACUCCCCCAGCCUUGACGCGCUAUGAGGAAUCUGCGAAUCCCUUCACAAAGAAAAAACCGGUGGAACGUUUGAUGUUGGAGGACAAAACAAUGAAUCAACUUAAUGAUUUGACAUUGCCAAAGCUAUGUGUUAAACUCAACACUCUCCAUUAUUUAAGGGAACAACUUGACACAUUAGAAGAUGCUAUAAAACAUUCUUGGGUCCUCCUACAGACAGAUGAUGGUCAAAUAUUUGACGUUGCUAAAGAUGAUCUACCUACAUCUAGUGGCACUGUUGAAGAAUUGUUUACAAUUUUUGAUGAUAUUAGAAGACGUGCAGUAUGUGCAAGUGAUAUGAUUGUGGAUUUCGUUGGAGCAAGGGCGAUAUUUUGGGACUUGAGGAAUUCCAUGAUAUUCUCCUUGUAUCAGGGAAGUGUUGAAAAUGCUCGCUUUGAAAUAUUCAUUCCAAUGCUUGAUGAAGUUCUUGACACAGUGUGUGAUUUAAUUGUUGAUUCACUCAGGGACCAAGUUGUUUCAAGCAUUUUCGAAGCAACAAUGGAUGGAUAUAUAUGGGUGAUGUUGGAUGGAGGUCCAGCCCGUGUUUUCUCUGAGAGUGAUGCAACCAUGAUGCAGCAGGACUUGAAUGAUUUGAAGGAUCUUUUUGUGGCCAAUGGCCAAGGACUACCUCAAGAUGUGGUUGAGAAGGAAGCAAGAUUAGGUGAAGAAAUCUUAGAUUUGUAUGCCAUGAAGGCUGAGACCAUUAUUGACAUGUUGAUAAGUGCAAGUCAACAAAUUCCUAAUCAUCUUGAAAUUAAGAAGCCCGGAAGAAGAUCUGCAACUGAUGUUGACACUUUACUCCGAGUUUUAUGUCAUAAAAAGGACAAAUAUGCCUCAAAAUUUCUAAAAAUUCAAUAUCAGCUUCCCAAGUCUUCAGAUUACGAGGACACGACUGGAAAGGUGCCGCCGGCAAAAAACCCCCUUCUAUCAGAUAUGCUUAGAAGAAAGAGCUCGAUUAACUGGACCAAAAAGGGCCAAAGAAGCUUUAAGAUCGUCAAGAACAAAUUUCAGGAAGCUACCUCAGAAAUCGGGCGACCACCUCGGUGAACUCUUUCACUGUGUCACUGUUGUAGCUUGUAGCAAGUACGUCAGCGAAAUUGUAUGCUACAGGUCGUUGGACCAUUUUUGAACCUUAUACUAAUGGGUUGGAACCCUGAUGGGUGCUAAUAAUGUGUGUAAAAUAAUUAGUCACUUUUUUGCCAUAU